UUUCAACAUUCUAUAACUUCAACUGCGAAAGCGAAAGAAGAAAAAAAUGAAACAGUUACACAAGCAACAAAGCUUGAAUCACAGAAGAGAAGAAGAAAUGGGAAGCGAAACUCCACCAUACUCACCAAAAUCAAUGAAGCACACACGAACCCUCCCCAGAUCGAUCAACUACCUCUUACGAGAACAACGUCUUCUCUUCAUCCUCGUCGGAAUUUUGAUCGGUUCAACUUUCUUCAUCAUUCAACCCACGCUUUCACGCAUAAGUCCACCGGAGGCCGGUUUGUUUUUACCUAGAUCUGGGUUGGUCCGGUUCAACACCGGCAACGAGGGUGCAUCCCUUAGAGUGGGGCGGAUUCCGGCGGGAAUUGGUGGUCGGAGGUUGAGAGUGGUGGUUACCGGUGGUGCUGGUUUUGUUGGAAGUCAUCUGGUUGAUAAGUUGAUUGGUAGAGGGAAUGAUGUUAUUGUUAUUGAUAAUUUUUUUACUGGUAGGAAAGAGAAUUUGGUUCAUUUGUUUGGGAACCCUAGGUUUGAGUUAAUUCGUCAUGAUGUUGUUGAUCCGAUUUUGCUUGAGGUUGAUCAGAUCUAUCAUCUUGCCUGUCCUGCUUCACCUGUUCAUUAUAAGUAUAACCCUAUCAAGACAAUCAAGACAAAUGUGAUGGGUACACUUAAUAUGUUGGGGCUAGCAAAGAGAAUUGGGGCGAGGUUUCUUUUAACUAGUACUAGUGAGGUAUAUGGUGAUCCUUUGGAGCAUCCUCAGAAAGAGACUUACUGGGGGAAUGUUAAUCCAAUUGGUGAGAGGAGUUGUUAUGAUGAAGGAAAGCGAACUGCCGAGACACUUGCUAUGGAUUAUCAUCGAGGUGCUGGCGUUGAGGUUCGUAUUGCCCGAAUCUUCAACACAUAUGGACCCCGCAUGUGUUUAGAUGACGGGCGUGUUGUUAGCAAUUUUGUUGCACAGGCUAUACGCAAACAACCAUUGACUGUAUACGGUGAUGGGAAGCAAACACGAAGUUUCCAAUAUGUCUCUGAUUUGGUUAAUGGGCUGGCAGCUUUGAUGGAUGGUGAACAUGUUGGACCUUUCAAUCUGGGUAACCCAGGCGAGUUCACCAUGUUAGAGCUUGCUCAGGUUGUCAAAGAAACAAUUGAUUCAAGUGCUACAAUAGAGUACAAACAAAAUACUGCUGAUGAUCCACACAUGAGGAAACCAGAUAUUAGCAAAGCAAAGGAACUGCUAAACUGGGAACCAAAAGUCCCACUGAGGGAAGGUCUGCCUCUCAUGGUUAGUGAUUUCCGGAAUCGGAUUUUGAAUGAAGAUGAAGGGAAAGGAAUGAGAUAAGCGUUGUAGUCAGCCCUUAAUUUUCCCCUAAUCUCUUGUAUGGUCACCAUCAAUAGAAAGUCCUGGUAAUACGUCGCUUUGGCAAGAGUUGUUUACUUCCCAUGCCAGCUUAGCAUACAAUUGAGUAAUGUUAAUUUUUUACAAAAUUCUUUUCAGCAGUUUUCUUGUCUAUUGUAUUGAUUAAAGUUGUAAUAUUCAAAUAUUUGGAUUCUGGUAUUAUGAAAUGAAAGUGUAUCCAUAGAAAUUUGUGAAUA